AUGGAGCAAAAACAUCAGGAUGUUAUAAAAAAGAACUACUCGACCCUGGUAAAGAAAAUAAGGACCUCCACGGUUGCCAGACAUCUUUAUGACUCUAACAUUAUCACAGACGAAAUGAAGCAACAAAUUGAGACUGAGAAGACCAAUUACGAUCAAAACAGAAAACUACUCAGCAUCAUUCUUCGGAGAGGACAGAAGGCUUUUAGAGGUCUCCGAAUGGCGCUGAUGAAAGCCGGCCAAACAGAUUUAUCCAAGCUUCUCACUGACAGCGAAGAUGCCAUGUCCGGGUACGAUAAGAAAUUAGCUAUGGCCAGAUCCUUAGCUGUAAACACGGCCAAAAAUCAGUAUGCUGAAAGCAAACCAAAGAGUGAUUCUGUAGCACGACAAAUAUCUCAAGAUGAGCGAUGCAGAAUCAAUCUGGAUGGUGAACUUUUCCUCACAGCCGUGUCUUUCAAAGACAGAAUCAAUAUACACAUCCGUCAGUUUACAGCAGCCAACAAUGGUCUGAUACCCACAAAGAAGGGAGUAACAUUUCCAUUAUCCAGAUGGUUGAGGUUUGAAUCCAUUCUUCCAGAUAUCCAAAAUCAUCUGCACAACAGAACAGACGAAGAAAUGAAAUGUCAUAUAGGAGGGGGAGUGUACGUCUCGAUUACUCCCGGAUAUGGUACAGUAGAUAUCAAACACUUUUGGAAGCCCGAUGAUGCCCUGGAACCGGUUCCAACUAGAAGAGGCGUGACCCUGAACAAAUACAAAUUGAACAGAUUACUACAGGCCCUUGAGGAAGUUCAACAGUCUGUUCCAGAAUUAAAUGACACCGAACUUUGUGCAUUCACAGAGUCCCAUCAAAAUCAGCUUGGGAUGUUGAAUUGCCCAGAAUGUAGUCCAUUUGGUUACGAGCCUAAGAUAGAUGUGUCCAUGGAAUGUAAUGUCGGUGACUUACAAGACACGCUGACAAUUGAAAGUGACAAUGAAUGA